GCUCGAUGCGUGUUUUUUAUUGUAAACUUUAAUUGAUGUUUAUUUAUUUGUUUUUGUUUUGUGCAUCAAGUGAAGUGAAAUAGUUGGGGCAGCGCACGGCGACUGGAAAAAGUGCCCCAAUUGACGCUGGGCUGCGUCAUGUUGUUCUUGUCGCUGCCUAUGCACUAUGUAGAGCAACAGCAACAAGUGUUGGCCAAGAGUGACAGCUGCAUUGAAAAGCGACUAAAAGGCUGCCAGAAAUUCAACUAAUUUACCUAAGGGAAACAACAACAACAAACGAAAAGUGCGCAAAUUUAUAGCCAGAAGCAAUUAGAACGAACAAAGCACAUUGAAGAGAAACUUGAGGACAGGUGUGAAAAGCAGUUAACAAAUUGUUGCUGCUAUUUACAACAACAAGCACAACAACAACGAGAUCACAAACAAGUGUUGCCGUUCCAGCAAAUGCAAAACAACCAUUCUGUGAUAUCUUAAGAUCCAAAGAUGACAUCUUUAACCUUGCACUUGAUAGUGAUAGCGCUGCUGGCGGCGACAGCGGCCGUGGCAGUGGAAGGUGAGGCGGCAACACGCACCGUUGUGCCACGCGGCAGAGGUGCGACCAGCUAUGCGAGUGCCUCGUCGACAACCAGCACGCAGGCGCCAACGCUGCGAGCGCCUCGCCAGCGGCGUCCGCCCACAACGCUGCCCAUCGACGAUGGCAAUGGGCGUCGCGGUGCCAGCAGCAUCAGCACCACGCCUCUGCCGCCAGCAACGGUACGCCCACAACGACGUCGUGGCCUAACAACAGCAACAACCACAACGACGACGAUGUCGCCAGCCGCCGCUGGCAGCAAUGGACGUGGACGUGGCCGCAGCAGCUUCAGAGCCGCCCGCCAGCCACGUGACACGCCAACGCCAAGCGCAUCGGAUCCAUUCAGCCCGGGUAGCGCCAGCAGCUGGCGUCAGUCUCAGCAAACGCUGUCAUCGGUGUCCUCCAAGCCAGUCGCUGUCUCACGCAGCAGCUCCAAUCCCAACAAAACGCCGCGCAUGAUCCAGCGCUUGGUGGCUGGUCACAUUCACAAUGCGCAGGGCCAUUCCACCUAUGAGGUGUCUGCGGUGAGCUCUAACAGCAGCAGGAGCAUUGCAAUAGCAACUACGACGCCAACAACAACAACAACAACAACAACAACGACCACUACAACAACAACAACAAGUCCAGUCACGAGAAAAUCAACAACAACAGCAUCAUCGAAACGCCGCAAGGCCAGCAGCACUUAUCGUCUGGCCAAGCCGUCGCCAUCGCCGGCGCCAGAGCGAGAGCAGGAUGAUGACGAGGCGCUGCUCAACGAGCCGGAUGACUUUGAUAACUGGGAUAACGGCAUACUGCGCUUGAGCGCCGGCUCGGGCAAGGAGGCGGAAACUGCCGGUGCCAAGAGUCAGGGCAAACAGAACAAGGAGGAUGCAAAGAAGACGCUCGCGGAUCAGGUGCGCGACGGCAAGUACGGCCUGAUUGAGAAGGAGCUCUUUCGUCGCGUGCCCAAGCGCCCGGGUGUGUUGAGCUAUGCCCGCAACUCGGAGGUGCCGCUGGACAACGAGCGCAACUUUGGCGGACUCAACGAGCAGGACAUUUGGCUGGCCGAGGAUCAUUUGCUAGUGAUCAAAGGUGGCGGCCUGAAUGAAGCCGAGCUCAACGGCGGUGACAGUGAGCCGUGGCCAGCCAUUGAUGAUUACGAUGCGCCGCCGCGGCAAAUAAAGCUCCCGGCGAAUCCGGUGGUGCCGCCUCCAUUUCCCGUGCAGCUCGAGCCGCAUGGGCCCCUGCAGAUUAUCCGAGAUAAUCAAAUCGAGAGCCUCCGUGCGACAGCUGGCAAUGCAACGGUAUCCACUGUGGGCCAGCACACGUCCUACGGCCAAGGCCAUGGAGCUGUCCACGGCCAGGGGACGCAUUCUGCUGCCCGGCCGGGAGCGUAUGCGUCGUCUAAGACAGCUGACCCGGAGCCCAGCUACGUCUACCCGACGCCCUACGCGCCCUGGCUGCUCUAUAACAACGAGACGUUGGCCCAGCAAUCGCCGACCCAUCCACAUUCCAGUCCGACUCCCAACGCGGUGCUAAGGAGCCCGCUGCUCGGGCCCUGGCUAAUCAAUGGCCUGCACGCCAAUGGCAGCGUCUCUGCUCCAGGCGCUCUGCACGCAAACAUCAGCGACUUUGACGAGGACGAUCCCUCGCUCUACUAUCCGCCAGCUUACAGCUUUGUCUAUCGAAGCAACUACUCGAAUCCGGUGCCACCGGGGCCGUUGGUGCCAGGCAUUGUGCUACCACCGCCGCCAGAUCACUUUACCCUGUUGGAGGCGACGUCCACUUCGACAACAACGCGACGUCCUUAUACUAGCACGACGAGCACUACGUCUAGCACCACCACCACCACCAGCAGCACCACCACCAGUACCACUACCACGCGAGCUCCGUCGCGUCUCUCGGUCAAGUACAAUGCCAUCGGAUAUCUGCCGCCCGCACCACGCCAGCAACAUCAUCAACAACAACAACAACAACAACAACAACAACAACCACAACAGCAGCAGCAGCAGCAUCAAUCCAAGUAUGUGGAGCGCGUGCCGGUUCCUGUGGCGGUGCCCAUACCCAUUUACCCCAUUAACUAUCAGCCGACAACGCCACGCCCACAGCCUCCCGCACAGCUGGUGUUUGUGCCCAGCACAGAGCGUUCCAAUGAAAGGGUGAAAGAAGAAAGGGCAAGGGAGAGAGAUCGCGAGCGGGAGCGGGAUCGCGAGCAGGCGCCGUUAUCCAAGUCGAAUCCCAUAUACUAUGAGUACUUCGAGGCUAAGCGUCAGCCUUCGUCCCUCAAGUCGAAUGUGAUCAAUGACUUCCUGGCCACCAAGCCUCCCAAGCGCCCGCACUACAAGUCGCCGCCGAGUCCCGUUAAUGAUGUAGCCGUAGUUAGCAUUACGCCCAAGCCACGCGUCCAAUUGCACUCGGAGUACGAUGCGGCGCUGGGCCAGCUGCUCAGAAGCAAUCUCAUUGCCUCACCAGUGACGGCUCGCUUCCAGCCACCCGAUUUCGACAGGCAGCCCUUCUUGCCCAUGGUCAACUACAGCGCCGACGAGCAGGACCAAAACGCCUUCAAGGCAAUUGUCUAUCAGCCCCAACCGCAGCCGCAGCCGCAGCCGCAGCGCCAGCGUCAGUUGCGUGUGGGCAAGCACCAGCAGCUGCAGUUGCAGCUGGAGCCAACCAUACAGCCGGCACAGGACCAGGACUCCUCCUAUCUACCGGACUCGCUGCUGCUGCAGCGACAGCGACAACUGAGAGUCGGCAAGCAGCAGCUGCAACUGCAGCUGCAGUCACCAUCGCCGUCGCCAUCGCCCUUACCGUACGAUGGCCAGCAGGGCGUAUACAGCACGCCACUUCCGCCAUCCUAUUUGGACAAUCAAUUGCAGCCGCGUCCGGCCAAAUACCAGCUGCGUCCGCCGUCGCCUGCCCCAUUGCAGUUCUGGCAGCGACCAGCGCCUCCACCGCCACCGCCGCCGCCGCCACAGUUCAAGCGCUUGCGCCAUGGCAGCGCGAAGCAUCCUUAUCCGCCCUACUUCGUGCCCAGCUACCCGAGCGGUCCCGGACCGGAGCCUCUGUACCGCUUGUUGCCCGUGCCGCAACACAAGCACUGGCGCCAGAGCAACAAACACCAACAGCAGCAGCAGCAGAUUCAAGUUCAGCCACAACAACAACAACAGCAAUACUAUCCGGAUCGUAACGUUAACAUUGGCCAUAGUUUGGCCAGUGACAUUUUGGUCAACUACAACAGCAACAAUCAGUUCAAUCCGCAGGCGGAGCUGGUGCCCCAAGCGCAGCUGGGACCGCCUCCACUCUCCUACCAGGCGCAGAAUGGGGGCCAGGCUUCCCUGUGGUCCGACAGACCCGUGCGACAGUCGCGUGCCCAAGUGCAGGAGCAGGCCUAAGCCCUGGAAAAGGAUCAGGAGUUUGCUGUUCAAAUGUGAUGUAAAGUAAAAGCCGUCGGUGGAGCCAAGUUGAGCAAAUUCACAGUCGAGAGAACCAGUAGAUGAAAUAGUCAAUGAUUCACACACAGUCGUACGGUACGUUUGAGUUGCUCCGAUUCCGAAUUUGGUUCCGAUUCCCCAAAAUUGCAUUCAAAUCAACAAGAAUUCGACAACAUACGUUACAUGCCGCAGCCCUAGCAGCCAACAACAACUCAACUUGACUUUGAAUAUUUUGAAUACAGCUGGUCACAUCUGUUUUUUAUUCAGCAUCCCAGUAAGAUAUUCAAAACAUUGUGUACUACGCAAGCUCAGCACGCAAUCUAAGCUAUACAUACAUAUUAAUAUAUAUUAUAUAUGAUCACGACUAUAUACAUUUAUAUGUAUAUAUAUGUUUGCGAAUGCGAACGUAUUCCAUAUCGCUAUAAAAAACUUGUGUAAAUAUGUUAAGGAUACGACUUGUACGAUUUGUGUAUGCCAAAUAAACGAGAGAAUCACGUUAUUUGGGUGCUGCACAGAACUUAGUCUUAAACAACAGGAGCAACUGUCACAGAGAAAAUAACCUUGAUUUCUGUUUCUGUUUCUUACAACAUAAGCUUACAACGUAAACUUAAUUAACUCAUUUUUUUUAUUUAUUUAAAUAAGACGACCAUUUUCGAAUGUUUUUCCACUUCUAGAAUGCAAAACUCCACACAAAUUUGUAUA